AUGCUCUUUAAUAUUAAUUUUAUUUAAGAUUUAUAAAUGUAAGAUGUCCUGAAAAAUCUUUUAAUUUACUUUCAAUCUUCAGAAUUAAUAACAUUGUAGCCAAUGUUGAUCAAGUUAAAAAUUAAUGCGUUAUUUGAAAAUUUAUUAGAUUAAUAUUAUCUAAAGGGUCCAGGAAAACUUUAAGUAUAUCAAAUUAAUGCAGAUCUCCUGACUAAUUUAUAAGGCUAAUUUACAUAGCUUGCUUUUUUUUAUUGCUUUAUUGUUUUCUACAAUAUUUUAAAAGAUUCUUAUUUAAUUCUUGGUUUACAAAUAAAUAUUUAUUAAGGGUUAAAUUAAGUAAAUCUAUUUUCCUUAAUUGUGCUACUAUAAAAGGAUAUCUCAUAAGUAAAAAGGUGCUAGCUAUUCAGUUUUUUAUAUAAAGUUUAAGGCUUGACUUAAAUAUUUUAUGCAAAUAGCUGGGAUUUGAGCUUCAAAGCAAUAUUAUUUUUAUUUUAAUUAACUCAUUAACACUGA